AUGCCGCCUACGCCGGGCAGCCCGAGUCGUGGUCUCACCUGGCGGACCAACCGGAAUGCCUACCAUCUCGCCGAACGCUCCGCCCUUGACAAAGUCUUUGCCACCGGCGAGGCCGUCGCCGAAGCCAAGUUGGCCCUCACCCGUGCCCGCGAGGCCGUUGCUGUCGCCGAGGAGGCCGUCAUACGGGCGGUAAUCCGCCAUAACGCGGAGAGGGUGGCAGAUCCCGUCGUCCUCUCGUCCCGUUGCCGGUCCUGA